CGAUAAAACUACGCUGACAGCUUAAAUGCGAAAUUGCUCUGACAUUUUGUUAGUAUACAGUGAAUUCUAGUAUGGCAAACAUGUCUAAAACGACACGCAUACUGAAGCACAAAAAUCUUUUCAACGAUGUCUUCAAACGUCAAUACAGUGAUUAAUGGAUUAAUUUUCUUUACAGCAGAUGGUUGGUGUGUUUCAACCAAACCAAACAACUUGUCUUCUCCGUGUCAUGAGAUUUUGUACGUGGAAAAGCUACAGCUGCAGCAAAUUUAAAAGAGCCAGUUUUAUUUCAUGGAGAACCUAGUGGACCAAGUGUUGUUACACCCAUACCAGGUCCUCGAUCCACAAAGUUAAUAAAUGAACUAGAAACUAUCCAGAAUACAGGAGCUGUCCAGUUUUUUGUUGACUAUGAUCAUUGUUUGGGGAAUUACCUUUUUGAUGCAGACGGAAAUGUUCUGUUGGAUAUGUUUACACAGAUUGCUACCAUCCCAAUUGGAUACAGUCACCCAAGAUUAAUGGCAGCCCUCAGAAAACCAGAAAAUAUUGCUUCGUUUGUAAACAGACCUGCGUUAGGAUGUUUACCGCCAAGUAAUUGGGUUAAUAAACUGAAGGAUGUUCUCUUAGCUGUGGCACCUCCAGGUUUAACUAAUGUACAGACCAUGCAGUGUGGAGCCUGUUCUAUUGAACACAGUCAAAAAGCCAUCUUUAUGUGGUAUCAGAGACACAGAAGAGGAGGCAGACCACCAAAUGAAGAAGAAUUAAGAUCUUGUAUAACCAACGAAAAACCUGGUACACCUGAGAUCUGUGUUAUGUCAUUUCAUAAAGCUUUCCACGGUAGAACUAUGGGGGCUCUUGCUUUAACUCACACUAAAUGGGUUCAUAAAUUGGAUUUCCCUCAACCAAACUGGCCAAUAGCCCCAUUCCCCGCUCUACAAUAUCCACUGGACGAGUUUGUUCGUGAAAACAGAGAAGAGGAGGACAGAUGCUUGAAUACUGUUCGUGAGUUGUUUGAAAAAUGGCGCCUAAAAGGUAAUCCUGUUGCUGGUAUUGCGGUAGAACCAGUUCAAUGUGAAGGGGGUGAUAACCAUGCUACCCCUUAUUUCUUCCAAGGUCUUCAAGAUAUAGCCAAAGAGAAUGAUGCUGCUUUGUUAAUAGAUGAAGUACAGACUGGAUGUGGAAGUACGGGUAAAUUCUGGGCUCAUGAACAUUUUAAUCUUCGAGAAGCCCCAGACUUGGUACCUUUUGCCAAGAAAAUGAUGACAGGUGGAUUCUAUUUCAAGAAAGAUUUUAAACCAACUGAGGGAAAUCGAAUCUUUACAACCUGGACAGGUGAUCCUUCGAAAGUAUCCAUGUUGGAAGCUGUCGUUGAUGUUAUUUUUCAAGAAGAUCUGGUUACAAACACUGCUAUUGUGGGCGAUUAUUUAAUGAGUGUACUUAAAGAACUUCAGAAACGUUAUCCUGGAUUAAUAAAGAAUGCUCGAGGCUUGGGAACUUUGACUGCCAUUGAUUUUAAUAAUGUUGAAUCCCGAGAUAAAGCUGUUUAUAAUCUCCGACAAAAAGGUGUGUUAGUUGGCGUCUGCGGAGAAAUGUCGAUGAGAUUCAGACCAACUUUAAUGUUCCAAAAUCACCAUGUUGAUAUUUUUACUGAUAUUUUCAAUGAUGUGCUCACAGGACUGAACAAAUAAAAUAAUGCUAAUGUGUAAUCGUGUAUGCAUAAUUUUUAUAGAUGCACACUUCUUGAUUUAUUUUGAAUCAUGGCUUUUAUAUAUAAAAAUAUAUGUAUCCAAUCCAAUGAUAAAAAGUUUAAUGUUUCUCAAGGAAAAUGCAUUAAUAGUUAUAAUGCUCAUGAAAGUGAACACAGCAUAUUAAUUAUUUUUUUUACUUCAUAUUAUAACCAUUCUCAUUGUAAAUAUCUCUAUCAUCUACAGAUUUAUUGUCUGCCGAUUAGUAGACUGUUUUGAUCAAUAAUACAUUCACUUGAAGUGGAUAGCUGGCAAUAGCCCAAUCUUCUAUCACUGUUUUAUUUCAUUGAUUUUAUAUUUUGAUUUUGUCAUAUUGAUGAUAUCAUCUAAUGAGUAGUUUUUUAUAAAAAAAUUAUAAUAAAUUAUUUUGAAAAGGA